CUCUUUGGCGCCAAGCCAGCAGCAACAGGAGGACUCUUUGGAGCUACAACAACCGCGAGCCCACAAACGACCACCGGCGGAGGUCUCUUUGGCGCCGCUACGCCCACACCGGCGACGAAUACUGGCACAACUGGCGGCGGCUUGUUUGGCUCAACAGCGACUGCUCAGCCAGCUCAGGCAUCUAGUGCAACUGGUGGGGGUCUUUUUGGAAGCAAACCUGCGGCGACAACGACAACAGGAUUGGGAGGAGGCUUGUUUGGCAAUACCGCGACCCCUCAGCAGCAGACAACCACCGGUGGAGGUCUGUUUGGAAGCACCCCUGCGGCCCAGCCCAGCGCCACGACGGGAGGUGGUCUUUUUGGAAGCAAGCCCGCGGCGACGAUGACAACGGGGACAGGAGGGGGUUUGUUUGGUGGCGCUGCAACCACUCAGCAGUCAGGAGGCGGCUUCUUCGCUCAGCCGGUCCAAUCCACAAACCAAGUUGCUGCCGUCCAAGUCAACUAUGACAACUUGCGACCACGAUCGAGGUUCGAUGACCUUGCUCAGCCAGUCCAGAACCAAAUUGCUCUCAUCGACAAAGGCAUCCAGCGCGUCAUCAAGAUGAGGGAUGAGAUUGGCGAAUUCAUGCCCCAGCAUGAAAAGGAUAUCGACCAGCUCGGACGAGACGUCCAAUUUGUCGAGUCCAAGUUCAAGAGUGUCCAAGACGCCCUCAACCGCGAUAUCCAGACCGUCAAGGCCCUACAAGACAUGACUAAGAAAAACGUCACCGAUGCCCAGCUUUCCUUCAAGGCCGCGGACAACCUCAAGCUACCGACACACUACCACCAAACCGGCCUCUUCGCCGGGCCCCCUCCAACCAGCGACUCCAACUCAGCAGACGCCUCAUCGGCGCAUGCCAGUGCGCAAGACCUCAUUACUUAUUUUAACCGCAUCUGCGAUGACGUCGAGAAGUACAAGAAACGCCUGGACGAAUACCGGGCGCAGAUCGAGCGCGACAUGCCCGGGGUGGAAAACGGCCUCUACGAACAGAUCCGCAGCCUGCGCGACCACAGCAACGCGCCGGUUCAAGACCAGCUGAGCCAGGUGCUCGCGGCGCUGCGGGAGAUGGGCAGCGCGAUUGUUGCCCAAGCUGGACAAAUUGCGGAUACGCGAGAGAGAGUAUCACGGCUACAGGCUGGGUUCUUGGAUAACGGCCUGUACUCU